GACGGCGGAGAGCUGGGCCGGGCGGCAUGGGGUGGUCUCAGCGUUGGUUUCGCUCGCUGUGGCAAGCGCUGUGGAAGGAAGUGAAGCAGCACGUGGGCACGGACCAGUUCGGGAACAAAUACUACUACAUCCCGGAGUACAAGAACUGGAGAGGACAAACUAUUCGGGAGAAAAGAAUUGUAGAAACAGCUCUCAAAAAAGAAGUAGACUAUGAAAUAGGCAAUAUCCCAACAGAGUGGGAAGCUUGGAUUAGAAGAUCCAGAAAGAUUCCACCUACUAUGGAGGAAAUCUUGAAGAAUGAAAAAUAUAGAGAAGACAUAAAAAUAAAAAGCGAGGAAUUUUAUAAGGAAAAACUCUUAAGUAAAGAGGAACUCUUGGCUCUCCCUGUUCACACUCAAAUCAAAGGGCACGCCUCUGCUCCACACUUCGGGAAGGAAGAGCCCUCGGAGGGCCCCACCAGCACGGGGCAGACCUUCCAGCCAGGAUCCUGGAUGCCUCAGGAUAGCAAGAGCCAGAAAAAGUGAAGAGCUAGGAUAAACCAUUUUCUGUACAUGGAUGUAUUUUAACAAAUAAACCAGAGAAAGUUAUGUUGUAUUUUCAGAAUGUAAAA